AUGGCGGCGAUCUCCCAGCUGCAGCGGGUCGCGGGGCCGCGCCGCGCCUGGGCGCCGCCGCCGGGGACAGGGAGGCGCGGGUCGGUCACCGUCGCCGCGGCCAGGGCGCCGCUGCGGAGGCUGGAGGGCGCGAGCGAGGAGCUCAGGGCCGCCGCCGCGCAGAGCCUCGACUGGGCGCCGGCGCGCCGGCGCGUGCGCGACGUCUUCGCGCCCGUGCUCCCCACCCUCGACCACUGCCUGUUCAAGAUGGCUCCCAAGGGAAUCAAGAUGGAGGAGAAUUUGGAGAUCAAUUCAAAGGGGGUUGAAAUAUUCUGGAAGAGUUGGCUGCCUAGGGAGGGCACUGCCACCAAGGCAGCGCUUUUCUUCUGCCAUGGGUAUGGGGAUACCUGCACUUUCUUUUUUGAAGGGAUCGCCAAGAGAAUUGCCGCCGCUGGAUAUGCAGUAUAUGCUAUGGAUUAUCCUUGUUUUGGAUUAUCGUAUGGUCUUCAUGGCUACAUUGCAAGCUUCGACGGAAUGGUGGACCAUGUCAUUGAGCAAUAUGCAAGAAUAAGAGGCAGGGCGGACGUGCGUGAGCUGCCACAUUUUCUCUUGGGGCAGUCAAUGGGAGGUGCUGUUGCUCUGAAAGUACACUUGAAGCAGCCAAAAGAAUGGGAUGGAGUGCUUCUUGUUGCACCUAUGUGCAAGAUUUCAGAAGAUGUAACACCACCGGUGCCAGUGUUGAAGGCACUGAGCAUGUUAUCAUGCCUUCUUCCAGAAGCUAAGCUAUUUCCGCAAAAAGACAUUGGAGAUUUGGGAUUUAGAGAUCCGGUCAAAAGAAAAUUAUGUGAGUACAAUGCGAUUUCAUAUAAUGACCAGAUGAGAUUAAGGACAGCAGUUGAACUUUUGAAAGCUACAAAGGACAUUGAAUCACAGUUGGAAAAAAUUUGCUCUCCGUUGCUGAUUCUUCAUGGAGCAGCAGACCAGGUAACCGACCCUCACGUUAGCGAGUUCUUGUACGAGAAGUCCAGUACGCAAGACAAGACCCUCAAGCUCUAUGAAGGUGCCUACCACUCUAUCCUAGAGGGAGAACCCGAUGAUCGUAUUUCAACCGCCAUCAACGACAUCAUUUCCUGGCUGGAUUCACACUGUUGAGUACGGUUGUACAUGGUCUUAUUCAUUGGCACAAUUCUAGUCCCCUUAAUACUGGAUGGAUAACUGGUGAUCCCACUAUAUUGUGCUUUCUUUAUAAAGCAAGGCAAGUGAUUGCCUUUUCUCUAAAAAAAAUAUUGGAUGGGUCAAAUAAUAAAACUGAGUAUCGAGGCCUUCA